AUGGGUACGGCUGUGGGCCUGGUGGUGGCUUCGGGCCUGGUGGCGGCUAUGGACCUGGUGGCUAUGGGCCUGGUGGCUGUGGCCCUGGCGAAGGCUGUGGGCCUGGUGGUGGUUAUGGGGCUGGGCCCGAUGGGUGUGGCGGUUGCGGGCCUGGUGGUGGCCCUGGCGGUUGUGGGCCUGGUGGCGGUUGUGGGCCGGGUGGGGGCUGCGGGCCUGGCGGGGGCCGCGGCCCUGGUGGCGGUUGGGGGCCUGGUGGUGGUUGCGGAUUUGGUGGGCCUGGAGGUGGUGGUUGCGGGCCUGGAGGCGGUGGUUAUGGGCCUGGAGGCGGUGGCUGUGGGCCUGGUGGCUGUGGGCCUGGUGGCUGUGGGCCUGGUGGCUGUGGGCCUGGUGGCUGUGGGCCUGGUGGCUGUGGGCCUGGCGGUUGUGGACCUGGUGGUCCUGGUGGUCCUGGCGUGUUCGGGCCAGGUGGGUAUGGAAUUGAUGGAGGUGCUGGAACUGUUGCUUUUACUGGUGGUGCUAUGGAUGUUGGCUCAUCCAGUGGGAGAUAUCCUUACUACGGUGAUGAAGGCACGUGCAGCUGGGUUGGGAGGCGGUGUUGGCUUUGGCGGUGGCCUUGGUGGGGGCUUGAGCGGGGGCUUCGGCGGGGGCUUGGGCGGUGGCUUCGGUGGUGGCUUUGGUGGCAUGGGCCCGGGUGGUGUGGGAGGCUUUGGGCCAGGAGGGUUUGGACCAGGCCAAGGAGGCAAGGGUGGGCGAGGUAACGUGCCAGUGAAAGUCAUAACCCGAGAGGUGCCGAAAGUCGAAGUCAAGCAGGUGGAAAAAGUUGUCGAGAUUCCCAACAUCGAGUACGAGGACCGUCUCGUGGAAGUCCGUGAGGUCCGGGAGGUGGUGCGGCGCGUUCCACGCAUAGAAGUUCGAGAAAUCCCAAUUGAGAGGGUCAUUCAGGUACCUAAGAAGAUUGUACAGGAGGUUGAGCAGCCUGUCUACAGGCCAGUACCGCAUCUGGUGAAGCAGCAGGUGGAGCGGGAAAUUCCAGUUGCCAAAGCAUAUACUCAGACACUGGAGGUUGUGAAGCAGGUUUCAGUGCCAACCAACGAAUCUGGAGUUGUUUUGCCACAGUCGACUGUGGCACCACAGCUGGCACAGACGUCAACCUCGCCGGCCUCGGUCGUGGUGCAUGCGCCGAGUGUUAGCAGGACAUAUGCACUGCCGGCGGUGCCCAGCACAGGUCCCACAUCUGCUUGCCAGGGAGCCGCAGUCUCAACGCCGACGGCUGUGCCCACAGGUGCACUUGGGGCAGCGACACCACCAGCAAUGUACCCCGCUUCAGCA